AAAACAAAACACCGAACAACUAAAAUACACGUUUUUAAAGCAGCUUCACCAACGAUCCAUCUUAAUACGAAUAAGGGCCAUUUUGUAUAAAGUCUAUUUGCUUUAUAACCGUUUAAAAAUACGUUAAACUGGGUUGUUUAUCAGUAGUAAGGGGAACUUGAAACCGCCAUUGCCCCAUUUCCUCGGUUGUUUUGCUUUUUUCGCCUGGAUUCUCCAUGUUGGAGCAAUAGCGAAGUCUUUCAUAGUGACAGGGGGACUCUGAAUAAAACCGUAUAAACAGCGGAAAAAGAGGACGGACGGACCCGGGAAUAUUAAGAAAACGUUAGUCAUCUCACCCAUGUUUAGAAGAAAACAAGGAAGCACGCAAGAAAAAUACUAUUUUGGUAUUAGAUACCGUAAAAUAUUUACCAAAGACGGUAGCUAACUAGCUAGCUAGCUAUCUUGUAGUACCUGUGUCUGGGGGGAACGGAUUGGAUUUUGAGAGGCUGUGCAUUUGUUAGAUGGAAAGUUCUAUCAUCACUCAAGUGCAGAGAGAAGAUAGUCCACUGCCGUCCAAAACAGGUCAGGUGAUCAAAUCUUCCCCCCAGAAGCCUCGGAGCCGGACGAUCUUCAAAGCGCUUUUCUGUUGCCUCCGAGCACAGGAUGCCCCUCAGACUCCGCCCCCUGCCCAGGAUACUCUGCUGCAGCCCGAGGACAAUGGGACGGUUGCCAAGUCUGAUCUCCUUCAAACUCUUCGCUACCAGUUUCAUCAAAUCCCCGGGACCUGCCUGCUGCCCGAGGUGACGCCCCAGGACCAGGGCAAGGUCUGCGUGGUGAUCGACCUGGACGAGACUCUGGUGCACAGCUCCUUCAAGCCCAUCAGUAAUGCGGACUUCAUCGUUCCUGUGGAGAUUGAGGGCACGACACACCAGGUGUACGUCCUGAAGAGGCCGCACGUGGACGAGUUCCUCCAGCGGAUGGGGGAGAUGUUCGAGUGCAUCCUCUUCACCGCCAGUCUCGCCAAGUACGCAGACCCGGUGACGGACCUGCUGGACCGCGGCGGCGUGUUUCGGGCGCGGCUCUUCCGCGAGUCGUGCGUGUUCCACCAGGGCUGCUACGUCAAGGACCUGAGCCGGCUGGGCCGGGAGCUGCACCGCACACUCAUCCUGGACAACUCGCCCGCCUCCUACAUCUUCCACCCCGAAAACGCUGUGCCUGUGGUGUCCUGGUUCGACGACCUGGAGGACACCGAGCUGCUCACCCUCCUGCCGGUCUUCGAGGAGCUGAGUGAGGCGGAGAACGUCUAUGCCAAACUACAGCAGCUGCGGACCCCCUGACCUCUCACCCCCGACCUCCGACCGCUCUCUUCCACAACCAGACCAGACCCCCACGCCAUAAAACCAAACUCUGCUGGAGCACACCGACAGUGUUUCACCCCCCCUUUGACUCUGUAGUCUCUCUCCUCAGUCGAGUCUGUGCCACGACCCCCCCCCCUGGUCUGGAAAUACUGUAGAAUUGGAUUUUGGACCAAUGCUGAACAGGCUGCAGUCUGGAGUCUUCUUCAUAAAUAUGCCACAAAUUGAGUAUUUUUCUUCCCCAUUUUACUACUUUCGAACUUGCACAGGACUCUACAAAGCAUUAUCUCCUCCAAAAGCGAGACUCUGCCUACAGCUCCGUUGCCAGUGGGACUCCCACACAUUGCCCUAUCGUGACUACCUAAGCACAGGCGUUACCGUGGGCCUUCUUAAGGUGUCGUAGAGGUGGUGCAACCCAAAGUACCGUUUGGUUUUUAAAGUGGAUGCCUUUGAAACAAAAUGGCUGUUUUCGGAAAGGUACUUCUUUUUGCGUAUAGGUUCACCUUCAAAUCAUCUCAAGGAAACUCCACGUAAAAGCAAAAUCCAGGGGUCUUUCUUCCCAAUCAGAAACCAGCAUGACCUGACACAGAAAUCGGGGGUCCUAGUACCCCUUUGCUGUCCAUCACUGUGCCUUUUGAUAAAUAAUUAAAUACCAGUAAACUGAAAGCUUUUUGUUCCUUUAAAAAGUAAUGGUUGUUGUUUUUCAGUAGUUGGGUUUUAUAUUCAAUUUUUAAAUGUCUUUUUUAAAUGUUAAGCGAGAACUAGCUGUAUAAAUGUGUUGAUAAGCAGUAUGAGGAAAAACAGCCAUACAGAAAGCCUCUGUACCGGAACCUUCCGCACAAGUCAGGGAAUUACCAUCAGCGGUCACGCGACACCAUGGCAAUCAAUUCAAGGGUUGAACACGCAGUAUUAGGGCAGACAUUUACCCGACUGGGCCCGGCUCGCUCUAUGCAAUUCAGUCAAAUUCACUCGUUUUCACGGUCUUUCCUUCCCUAAGUGUCCUGUGGAAUGUCACUUUCUUUUGCCUUUUUGAGAACGUAGUUAACCAGACGAGCCCGAUUCUGUGGGCUUGUGCAGGAGGGACACGUUCGCCGUGUGUUCACCAUCGCCUGCUUCACCUUGUUCAGUGUCAUUAUUAGCUUGUUUGGAGACUGGGGUGUGGUAGCCCCUAUCCCUACUGUUCUGUUCAUUAAGUAAAACUGAACUGUGUGGUUACUAUAAUACAUAAAUACUUUCUUUUCUUUUCUUUUUUUCUUUUUUCUUUUUUUUAAACCCCUCUUGUAAGAUCGUUUCCACUUGUGUUGUUAAGCAAGAGAAGCACGUGCUGCCAGGGUGCUGCCAGGGUCUUUAAUGGUGUUUAAACUUGUUUUUGGGAGGUGCGCAUUUUUAAGGCCUACAGUGGUUUAUGUGCUGUGAAGAAAGUCUCUUUGUCCUGGAGAUGUUCUAAAGACUCCAGAAAGUGCUUCAUUAAAUGCACUUACAUACAGCGACAUGAAAUACAUUUUCAUUAAUUGGGGGACAAGACUUUGGCCAAAAACUGUCUCCUUGAUUUAUGGGGCCUAUCCAAGUAGAAAAAUACCCUCCCCUUGACAGCCAUCAGCUACGAAAGGGUAAAGUCCUGUUUGGGUUUUGUUCUUUUUUUUUUUGCUCAUUUGCCAAGUGAAAAGCACCUACAUAUUUCAAAAAUGCCAAUAAAGUGCCUGAGGUUGUUUUUUUUUCGUUUGUUUUUUUUACUCAAACUUUUGACUGAGUGCAAAAAGGAGUGCAAAAAAAGAAAAGAAAAAAAAAGAAACAUUUCAGACUGUGUACCUGUCUUUUUUCUCUUGAUGUAAGGAAAUGAAAUUAUGCGGACUAAGGAGUUUACUUUUGUUUCGUUUCCAUGUUUUGUUUUAUUUUUUUGCAAUGCGAGUGCCAGGCAGCGGUUGGAUCACUGCCACAGUGGCCCGUUCGCUAUUCGCUGGCUCCAUGACAUCAUACUCUGUGUAUCCUUGAUUGGAGGGGUUCUCGUUGAUUUUGUACAUGCCUCUUUCUGUCAAUCAUUUUGAUCUGUCACUCAUCAAAAGAGCGUUUUUACCUUGUUUCUUCUCGGUAGCGGGACUUGGUGGAGGGUAUCUGCUGUGUAAUAAUUCCAGAUGUGAAUACAGACCGGCGUUUACCAAAGCUGCUCAACAUCCUCACUGGGGGACCAAGCGAUUCAAACUGCAACAAAAUUAAAGCCCUUUCUGCCUCUCAUUUCUUUCUCAAUUUUAUGUUUUUUUUGCUUUAUUUUUUUUGUCGACAGCAGUGUUUCCCGUGACUGUACCUCUCCGGAGCAAUAAUGUAGUUUUGCAGUGUGCAAAAAUUCUGUUGCCAAAGGUUUCAUGCAAAAAAGAUAUUCUAUACAUGUAUGUAUGCCAUUUCCGUAUGCAACUUUACACCCUCACAGACCUGACCCCACAGAUGAUGUUUCCAGUGGAGGCAAAGCAGAUGGUUAAGGCCGUAUCGCAUAACACUGCCAUGUAAGGUCACCAUCCCCUGCUCACUAAAUGCUGCAAUGUUCUUUGUUGAAAUCACACCUAGAAACCGGCCGUAUCUCGGAGCCUCCCGAUCGGUGGGCUAGUCCGCCCGCCCCUAUGCGAAGGCUUUCUGAGCGGCAGGAUGGGACGGAGAGCGCCCGUGUGUCCCAUUUCCUCUGCCCUCUCACAAGGGUGUUCACGUGCACACAUUUCAAAUCGUUUAGUAAAAAAAGCUCAGCCCAAUGGUGGUGUGGUUACUGCAAAACUCCCAGUUUGUUGUAUGCCUUUUGCCCGUUUAAUAUCCGAAAGCGAUUUGAGGUGUUUUCACUGGUGCUGGCGCACGGAGGACCACUGGGGCUCUGGGGCUUGGAGGGAGGCCUCCAGACACUGCAGUCCUGCACCGGCCAAAGCGUUCACGGGGUACGCAUAACUCCUACCAGGGGGGGAAAAAAAUAGAACCACCCGUUUCUCUUAAGUGUAUGCAAAAUGAACAAUAUUCAACUUUAUUGUAUUUGGCCUCCUGCAAAUUACUGUACUCCUCAGUGCUGGCCAGUUCCAAACUGCGUAGGAGUGUGCGCUUGGCACAGAUAAAGAAGUGAAAAAUUGCCCUAGUAUGUACUUGCGAAUACAGUUUAUUUUGGAUAAUUUGUGCCUUUAACUUUCUGCCAAGCACAGUUUUUGCAGAAGUAGCGAGUGAAGUCAUUACAUUACAUUACAUGAAGUCCCAGUGAAUCCGGUGUGGUGUCGAGUGCAGUUUUUUUGGGUUAGACUGCAGGGUCAUGCUGGGGGUGUCGUACACUACCUGCUCCCUGCACACACCAUAGUGCCUUCCUGUCACAUGGUACUACAGGUUCAGAGGUCACAACCAUCCCAAGGCCCUUCAGGUGAACAGCGGAAAUUAAGCAGAACUAUGCCAAUUAAAAGUGCUGACUUUGAUCUUUACAAGUAUUUAGCAGACACUUUUACCCAACGUGACAGUUGAUUAGACCAAUUUGAAACUGAUCUUAUUGUGGCCACACAGGGGCUUGAACCACCAACCUUCCAGAUCCCAGUCAGGCACCGUAGCCAAUAUUUCUAUUCAAUUUCUUCAGUAAAUUCCACUGCAGAAGAUAUUUUACACGUUUAUCUUUCAUUUCAUACUGAACAUUACUUUCAUGAAAAUUUAAUUUGAAGAAACACAUUUGCUCACAUUUUCCAUCGUGUUAUUUCUCUGGAGUCAUAAAAUAAGGUAGUGUGAUAAUGCAGGUUGUCUUGUCGAAAACAAAAACAUGAAGCUAAUGUUGCGUUUACACUAACCCUCAGAGAGGGAAAGCCAGUGUAAUUCCUCCAGAAGUGUAACGGCAUAGUUAAAAAUUGUGAAAAUGUUAUGCGAUCUGUGAGGAACUGGGAUUACUUAAUACGAGUGCCUGGCUUUCCGGUGUCCCUGGUAACGGCCUGAAAUGUAAUAUCAUGAAAUCAAAACAAACAACAAAACAAAAUCACUUUGCUGUUAGGGAAUAUCAUUUUGAGGGGAAAUGGGAUCCUCAGUAUUCAUCUCCCUCUCCGUUUUGUUGUGGCUACCAAUUGAAUGCACUUUUUAUUCUUAAAUGGUGAGAAUUUGAUACCCCCCAAAUAUUGUAGAAUUGCAGUAGUUUUAAUGAUGGGUACAGCUGUUCUAGGGUUAAACAGCUUAGUGCAGAAAGCUGCAGUCAUUGAGGAAUUGAGGCACCACAGCAUCUUGUUCCUUCCAUGUUGAGCCAACAUGUCUGCCAGUGUUGUCACGGUUAUGGCCGCUGUUAUUGAGUGUUUCUAUGUUUUUCUAAUGAGACGCGGGUCACAGAUUAUUUGGAAUGGCAAAUAAGUGCUUGGCAGACUACAUUUGAUAAAAUUCAGUCAGAGGUUCCUUAAGCACAUUGGAGAAAAACAAGUAUUUCUUGAAGUGUACUUUGAUAGUCUUGAUAUCAUUUAUUUCGGGUGCUACGGUGUUCAGUUGUGCCAAGUUUAAGCAAAAAAAAAAAUGUGCAUAUACUCUGAAAUAUGUAUGCAAAAGCCAAAAAGGUUGUGUUUUAAUUUCCUUCCCACUUUCGUCGCGAUUCUAAAAACUGUAUUAGGGUUGAGCUGUUCAAAAAGACUUGAAAUGAUGCCGAAGAGUUGUAUUUUUGAGCUUUUGUAAGGCGUACCAAACGUGCUGAAAAAAGGUUCAACCCAUGAAAUAAACGGCGAUUAUGCAGAA